AUGGUGGCAAUCACUAGCUCUCUACUCCUCACCCUCUCCACAUUCAUAGUCUCUUUCUCAUCACUCUACAUUCCUUCCCGCUCUUCCUCCAUAGACCCCUUCGUCUACGGAGGCUGCACACAGGAGAAGUACGCGCCCAACUCACCCUACGAGUCCAACAUCAACUCGCUCCUGACCUCCCUGGUUAACUCAGCCACCUACUCCUCCUACAACAACUACACUGUCAUGAUGGGAUCCAGCCCCCAAGACGUCAUCUACGAUUUCUACCAAUGCCGUGGCGACCUCUUCAUGCCUGACUGCGCCACCUCCGUCGCCCGUGCAGUCAGCCAAGUAGGGAGCUUCUGCCCCUACAACUCCAGCGGUGCCCUUCAGCUGCAGGGCUGCUACAUCAAGUACGACAACACCACCUUUCUUGGCGUGGAGGACAAGACGAUGGUGCUCAAAAAAUGCGGGUGGUCGGUCGGGUACGAUUCGGACGGAAUGUGCAGGAGGGAUUCAGUGUUGGCUGCUUUGGUUGGCUCCAGUGGGCCGUGUAGUGUAGGAGGGUCCGGGAACGUCCAAGGUUUGGCCCAAUGCGUUGGGGAUCUGAUCUUCACAGAGUGUCAGGACUGUGUGAUGGAGGCAAUCGGACGGGUGAAAAGUGAAUGCGGCGGUGCUGUUUACGGUGAUAUGUUCUUGGCCAAGUGUUACGCCAGGUACUCAACUGGCGGUGCUCAAUUUUACUCCAAGAUGCAUCAUGAUAAAUCUAGCAAUGAGGGUGAGAAGACAUUUGCAAUUAUCAUUGGAUUAUUAGAUGGAGUUUCUCUGCUCGUCAUCUUGCUAACUUUCGUAAGGAAGGUGUUUGGGGAAAAUGGUAAAUAAAUUAUGAAUUUACGGCAAAGUUAUUGGGUUGGUGAUUCUUUUGCUUCCCAAGUGAUUUGCUUUUGCUUCCCUUUCUUUUUUCUUCAUUAUGUCGAUUUUUCCCUGUCUAGCUUUGCACCCUUUAACAUCUUCGGUUUAAUUACUUAAUUUAUGUAUCUCUCCAAAAUGGGUGAUUUAUAGAAAAGAUGGAGCACUUACCCAUAAAACAAAGUUAAAAAGGGAGCAAGAGAAAAGGAGGAGGCAAGGAUUCCUCUAUCCCCCUCCACUUACAAAAGUUGUACGUGUUGUCUAAUAUGAAAUUCUUUUAAUUUGUAAAAGCCAAAAGAGCAGAUGAUAUUGAUUUGUGAUGUUUUAUUAUUGUGUGAUCUAUAAAAUUUCA